CAUGGGAAGAUCUCCUCCUUCUUCUAAUCAAAUUGGCCUCAAACGAGGUCCUUGGACUCAUGAAGAAGAUCACAAACUUGUCUCUUUCAUUACAAAACAUGGCUAUGGCAGCUGGCGAUCCCUCCCCGUUCUCGCCGGGCUUAAUAGAUGUGGAAAGAGUUGUAGAUUGCGAUGGACAAACUACCUUCGACCUGAUAUCAAGAGAGGAAAGUUUUCUCAACAGGAACAACAAAUCAUUCUCGAUCUUCAUUCAAUCCUUGGAAACAAAUGGUCGGUCAUUGCAAGCCAUUUACCAGGACGAACAGAUAAUGAGAUAAAAAACUUCUGGAAUACCCAUCUCAAAAAAAGGCUCAUUAAAAUGGGUUUUGAUCCCGUCACUCACAUGCCCGCAAUUUACGAUAAUACGCUCUCCGCUCAUCAUCUUCCUCCACCAAAUCUCGAAAACUUUCUCCUUUUUGAUCUACCUACAUUGAAACAACAACUAGAAGCUCUUCAAAUGACAACUUUACAAGAAUAUUUACAGCUUCCCCAACUUCCACCUCCUCCCUUUACACCCACUUUCCACCUCCAAUAUGAUCGGAAUAUGUCAGGCCCUUAUGCCAAUUUGCCGGACUUGGAGAUAUUUGGAGCCUCGGAUGAUCCAACGUGGACGGCAGUUUCCGGCGGCCAAAGUGGAGCUUCCAUGUGGGUUUCUUCUUCAUCUUCAAAUGCUCCGUCGCCACUUCCACCAGUGGAAGCUAACUCAGAAUCAGAAUCAGCCCCGUUGACCGACGAGCUGAUGUUCAACGAUUAUUCGUUGUUCAGUGACAUCGAUCCCUAGUUCUUUGUUUUGGUUUGUUUUAUUGUUUUUUUUUUUUUUUAAUUUCUUAA